AUGGAUAGGGACCCCUUCGUCAACUAUACGCAUCCAAAAGACCAGACAGACAAAGCUCACAAGAAGCAGGUCGCUCAAUACAUUGGAACGCACUUCCGCAAUCGCAGUCGUCCUACAAAGCGACAUGUAACGGCCAACCGCCCAGGCUGGGAGUUCCAGACCGGGAACAAGCUCGCCUACAAGCUCUCACCGUGCCCCGAGAUCGAUCAGGCAUUCGGGAAGACCCAUUCGGAGCUUAUCCCAUCCCACAAGGCCGUGGAGUGGGAAGAGCUGUUGACCACUGUGAGUCUACUGUCCAAUGUCAUUGCAGGCUCUGAACGUUUAGUCAUCAUCUCAUACGCUCCGUCUCACCUCCUCAGACCUGAGGUCAUAGAUCCGCAAAACGGCGCUGCGGCUAUCCGGAACUACUUCCAAUAUGCUCUGGACCACGAGGUGAUGUUUCAAGCUACGGUAGCUCUAGCAUUGGCAGAUGCGACUGCGCACACCUGGACCGACGAGUAUGCGAGCCCGGAUGUUCUGUACCACUACGGGCGGUCUCUUUCCACACUCAGACGUUCUCUAGAAGACGCUCAGGCAUUACAUGACGAUGCACUGCUCUUCGCAAUCAUGGCAUUGAUAGGUAUUGAUUAUCUACUCAACGAUCUGGCUUCGCUCGGAGCUCAUCUGAAGGGAUUGAGACACGUGAUCGGCCUGCGAGGCGGACUCGAAGCAGUGGGCUUCCCUCUGCUGCUGAAACCGGCUGUGCUGUCCGUGGAAUCGUUCUAUUCUUACAUCUAUCAGCAACCGCACCUCAUAUCUGAUCGCUCGGCUCAGUCGGUGCUGCCGUCUAGCGUUGGAGAGCCGAGCCCCGGCGAAGAUGAAACACAGAACAUGUUGCAAGUGAUCCCUCCUGGCUACCACACGCUCGUUGGGCGCUCUCCACAGUCCCCGAGAGUUCUGUCGAUAGUAUUCAGCCUCGCAGAGACCGACGCACAGCUUCACCAUGAUAUGCCAACUUCUUUCGCGUACCGAGAAGGUGUCAGGAAGUUUCUAAACUUCAACGACACUUCUGGUAAGCCCGUGACAGUGGCAUCGGCCCUACACUGUUGUGGAGAGCUUGCGAAGCUCCUGGUUGGCCCGGAGAUGUCACAGGUUGAGAGAAGUUGCUGCAUCGCAAUGUUCAUCUAUUUGCUCGGGUUCAGCAGAAGCGAACAGCUUAGCUCGGUCUACUUUACUCAGCUGCAGCACCAUACUCAGGAGCUCUUGGACAUGCCUCUCAGGGAUGAGGACCAAGAGGGCACUGAGCUGAUCGGAUGGGCAAUGUUUGUCGUGUCGUCAACGCUCUUGCCUAUAACAGCACGGGAAGGUAUGGGGGUUGACAACGCAGACAAGAGAUAUGCCUUGGCUCUCAGGACUGUGGAAUACUUCUCGAGACAGAGGACAUGGGAUAUGAUGGCCGUCGCCCUUCAGGACUUUAUCUGGAACGACACUUGCAUGAUUUCAUGGAAGAACCUCUGGGAUACGGCUAUCAAUCAUCUCGAGCUGUCGGAGCCUGCAGACUCUGUCGUGCCAGCACCCUAG